AUGGCGCUGGCGGCGGGAGCGCGCGUGCAGGCCCGUGCCCUGCUGCGACCCUGCCGGGCCCCGGGGCUCACCGGCCUCGCGCUGUGGUUCGCAGGGUCCCGGGUGCUCAGCGCGGCCCCGGGGCGGACGCCGGCGGCGGGAGGCGGCGGGCCCGGCGCGCGCUGCUUCGGGAGCCCGCGGGUGCUGGUGGAGCCGGAUCCGGCGGCAGGAAUGGCUGUGAUGAAGCUCAGGAAACCCCCGGUGAACAGCCUCAGCCUAGAGCUUCUGACCGAGCUGGUCAUCAGCCUGGAGAAGCUGGAGAAUGACAAAAGCUUCCAGGGCGUCAUCAUCACGUCGGACUCCCCCGGGAUCUUCUCAGCCGGCCUGGACCUGAUGGAGAUGUGUGGGAGGGACCCCGCGCACUAUGCCGAGUACUGGAAGGCCGUGCAGGAGCUGUGGCUCCGCUUGUACCUGUCCCACCUGGUGCUCAUAUGCGCUGUCAACGGAGCCAGCCCCGCGGGGGGCUGCCUGUUGGCCCUCAGCUGUGACUACCGGAUCCUGGCUGACAACCCCAAAUACACCAUCGGGCUGAACGAGACUCAGCUGGGCAUCGUCGCCCCCUUCUGGUUCGCAGACACCCUGGUCAACACCAUCGGGCACCGCGCUGCGGAGCGCGCCCUGCAGCUGGGGCUGCUCUUCCCGCCCGCCGAGGCCCUCCAGGUGGGCAUCGUGGACCAGGUGGUGCCCGAAGACCAAGUGCAGAGCACGGCCCGGUCGGUGAUGGCCCAGUGGCUAGCCGUUCCAGGCCACGCCCGGCAGCUGACCAAGAACCUGAUGCGCAAGGCCACAGCCGACCGCCUGCUCAAGCAGCGCGACGCGGACAUCCAGAACUUUGUCAGCUUCAUCUCCAGGGACUCCAUCCAGAAGUCCCUGCAUGUGUACAUAGAAAAGCUCCAAAAGAAAAAAGUCUAAGUGCUGGGCUGUGCACAUGGCCUUGUGGCCGUACAUGCCUGUCUGCGGCCCUGAUUAUGAGAUUUUAUUUUAUUUUAUUUUAUUUUAUUUUUUUUUUGAUUAUGAGAUUUUAAACAAGGUAUUUUCCAAUUUAAAAAGACUUUCAGGGAUCCCUGGGUGGCGCAGCGGUUUGGCGCCUGCC